CAUCAAUCAAACAGAACCUCUGGUCACACACACGCAGCAACCACCGAGCCCAGCGCCCGGCCCAGCCAGCCAGGGCCAACGGCAAGGCAACACCCUCCUCAGCCCGACGCCGACGCUCGCCGUCAUCCUCGUAAAUCCACAGCGCGCGCCUCCCGUCCUCCCAGGCCUCACCCCUAGCGAUGCGCCACUCCCGGCGCUCGUGAUCCAUGGCCUCACUCCCCGUUCCUCACACUCUUCCGCGGGUCUCGCCAGCGAUAGUGGGCGCCGCGAGGGGGAGGGCCGCGGUGCGCGUACGCACUGCCACCGCGGCAUUGGGCGGUGGGUGCGGCGGCGGCGGCGGAAUGGAGCAGCGCCACGGGGAUGCCCCGCACAGCCCAGAAUCCAGAGGGUGACGUGUCGGACGGGGCCGGGUGGUUGUUCCUGUACAUGAGGUUAUCUACCUGCUGCAUCUGCUUCACUGGUCAUCAGCCACUGCCGCUAACCUUUGUGUCCUGGCGAUCAUCCGGUAAGGAUGAUGGAUAAGUAAAUACGUGUGGAACUGGAUCUCGAACUGGAGCCGAUUGGACGUUUGACAGCGAUGUUCUACUCCUGUUCUAGUAUAUUUCCCCCCUCUUUAAGAAGGGCAGUAGGAAGGUUGGUAUUGUCAUUCUGACGGCUCGCGUUCUGUUCUUUUGAUGAUUGUUCCUGGUCGCUCGGAGGGUUGUCAUCAUUCAUCAAUAUCGUGGCGGCAGAUAAUUCUGGUAACUCUGGAUCGUCUAGUUUUCCCGAAAGCAUCUUAAUCGUUCACAAUGACCUAAUAGCAAUUCGUUCCACAGUGAUGAGGAAUCUUAUAAAUACAUGGGAUGGGACGGGUGGUGUUUUCAAAUAAACUUGAAACGUGAUGCCUCAAUGGCAUACAUCUUAUGAAUUGAGGUAAAAGAUAGUGAUAACUUGUUAGUUCAUCGUUCACAAUUGACGAAAAAACAUAAUAAUAUAGGCAGGACAAAGAAACAAACCACUUUGAUUUAUGUGUCACUUUAGGAUCAUGGAUAAUAUUCCUUACAAGAACUUUUAUUUUUUCACAGUUUCCUGUAAAUAGGAAUAUCAGCCUUUGUGUAUCUGAUGCUGUGAAGCAAACAUUCGUUAAAAAUAUGCGUCGCGGUUAUGUCCUUAUAAGUUAUGCUAUGCCAUUUUAUUUACUUUUUACUGUUGUGCAAAUGGAUUGAACAACAUGAGGAAUAGAGCUGUACUAACCGUUUAGUGAUAUCCAUCAUCAUCAGUGAAGGAGAAGCCUGUAAUGUCAAACAUUGGGAAAUCGACUAAUAUUUUAUGGCACAAUUGCUUGAUUGGACAAUCUGAUAGACAGAAAUUGCUGGGACAAAAAGGCUGUGUCGUAUGGAUAACAGGACUCAGUGGUUCAGAAUUUGCAUUGUUUCAAGAACUUGCAUGUUGGUCUAAGUUAACACUUCCUGGUGACUGUUUGGCUACCAUUAACCAAAGGAAAAGUACUCUUGCAUGUGCACUGAGUCGUGAGUUGCAUUGCAGAGGCCACCUCACGUAUGUACUUGAUGGUGACAACCUCAGACAUGGCCUAAAUAGAGAUUUAAGCUUUAAGGCAGAAGACCGUGCAGAAAAUAUACGAAGAGUUGGUGAAGUGGCAAAGCUUUUCGCUGAUGCUGGUGUCAUAUGCAUUGCUAGCUUGAUAUCUCCAUACAGGAGAGAUCGUGAUGCAUGCCGUGCUCUACUUCCACAUUCUAACUUUAUUGAAGUAUUUAUUGAUUUGCCCCUAAAAAUUUGUGAAGCUCGUGAUCCUAAAGGCCUAUACAAGCUUGCACGUACAGGAAAGAUUAAAGGUUUCACUGGAAUUGAUGAUCCAUACGAACCACCAAUUAAUGGUGAGAUAGUAAUUAAGAUGAAAGAUGGGGAAUGCCCUUCACCCAAAGCAAUGGCCAAGCAAGUUCUAUGCUACCUUGAAGAGAACGGAUAUUUGCAAGCUUAGCAUAUGUAUUUUGAGAAGAUUGAUCUGAUUCUUGUGUGUCCAUUACUUGUGGACACAAUAAGAUCUGUUGUUGGUCACAUGAAUAAAAGGCAUCAACACGUAGGAAGUAACAGAAGGUACCGUUCAUUCAGAAACGGAAAUGGAUUCAUUCGUUUCAUUGUUGAUGAUAUUUGUUUCGCGUGUAUUUUGCCUGCAUAGCUGUGAUUCAUCUGCAUCAGCAAUUCAGGAUGCAUUCGGUUAACUCGCGUUGACCGUUCGCGUCAAUUCGGGUAGUUGUUCUGUGCUUGCUAGUUGGGUUCUGUUGGCAAUGUAUUUGUUACAAGUAAAUACGGACAAUGUGUGUAAUUUGUGUAUCACUUUUUUUCCUCUUGGAAUAAAAACCGAGGAACAUUGUAACUUCUUCCAUUGAAUUCAUGCUUUUGGCUUUUGCUGCCU